GCAUGACCAAUGCGCAUACCCGGAAAAACAGGGUAACCACGUGGGUUGGAGGGCUAUGGACUGCAGCGGGUGAUCAAGAUUCAUUUCAAAUGAGAGUUAUAUCAAGUUAUUGUAUGUGGACACGUCAUGUGUCACAGGUUGAGUUGGGGUCAUGAGGGUUGGAUGCCAUCGAUCUGGACGAACAGCGAGGAAGAGAAGGUGGAAACAGCAAAGCAAUGUUAAGUCAGUGUCUCUGUGUCAUCAGCCGCAGUAUGUGAGACUCAUGAAGUUUCUUCACAAACAAGGUUUCACGUCAACACUUCUUCAGCCUGCACUCUUCACAGGCACAGGCAGAGGACUACAAGCUCUCAAGACAAUAAAGGCUGAUCAGCUGAUAAUUUCUCUGCCAGAGUCGUGUCUCCUGACAACUGCAACUGUCCUGAACAGCUACCUUGGACACUACAUCAAGAGUUGGAAGCCCCGCCUCUCUCCUCUUCUUGCACUUUGUGUCUUCUUGGUGUGUGAGCGGCAUCGAGGAGAGUCUUCAGAUUGGUUCCCCUACAUCAACGUGCUCCCUACUUCUUACACCUGCCCCACCUACUUCACAGAUGAUGUCAUGGCUGUUCUGCCUGCCAGCAUUAGGAGGAAGGCUUUAGAUCAGAGGGAGGCUGUGCGAGAAAUUCACUCCUUAAAUCUGGAAUUUUUCAAAUCUCUGCAGCCUGUUCUUUCUCUGCCUGCUGAGGAGGUGCUGACAUAUGAAGCAUUGAGGUGGGCGUGGUGUAGUGUCAACACACGCUCCGUCUUCAUGUCCCACCCAUCCAACAACUUCUUGUCUGGACAGGAUGUUUAUGCUUUAGCUCCGUUUCUGGACCUGCUAAACCAUCGCCCUGAUGUGCAGGUAAAAGCAAGUUUCAAUGACUUGACAAGAUGUUACGACAUCAGGAGUGUUUCUGGAACACUUUGCUAUCAGCAGGCCUUCAUUAACUAUGGUUCCCACGAUAACCAGCGUCUAAUGCUGGAGUAUGGAUUUGUCGCAUCAGAAAACCCUCACAGUGUGGUCUAUGUGGAUACAGAUCUCCUCUGUAAGGUUCUAAAGGGUGACAGAAGUUUGGAUCAGAAGAUCAAGUUUCUCAGGGACAACAAUUUCCUCCAUAAUCUCACAGUGUCUAGUGAGGGGCCCAGCUGGAGGCUGAUGACGGCCCUCAGACUGCUGUCUCUGCCACAAACACUGUAUCACCAGUGGAGGGCAGUGUUGCUUGGCCAGGCGGUGAGUGAAGAGAGAGAGGAGUGCAGCGUGCAGACAGCGAGGACUCUCUCACAGUGUCUGCUACAAGACACACACACAGCUCUGGAUAAGAUCUCCCUCCUCCUCCAGCAGUGUGACCAGUUGACCAGGGAGCAGCUGGAGGUGGUCCAGGCUCUGCGACAGGAAGAGAAGUGCAUCCUGGGAAGCUGUCUUGGAACACUAGAUGGCACGCAGGGACAAAGAGAUGGCCUGUUGCCAUGCCAACCAAAUGCCAACACUGUGAGCUGACAUCUGAUUGGUGCCUGUCAUUUGCUGAAAGCGAGGUCACUGGCUGAAUGGGUGGUGCUGGACAGUCACUGUUUCUGUGCUGUGUGUCAACCAGUAUGGCUGACAUGAACAGCACAAACAGAUCUGUCUGUAAUGACUGACACACCAGAGGUAUUAACCUUUUUACUUUUAGUUUAAAAGGAACAGUAUGUACAGUACAGGCACAAUAAUAUUAGAUAUUUUUAAAUAAAGAAACAGUUAAUAAGUUAAAUAAAAAAAAAUCAUCUUUAAUGACCUACUUUCACCAGGGUAGAAACUGAAAUAUUAAAGUAAAUAGUGGAUACAGCCACAUUUCAUUUUAAGACACAUCACAUAAUUAUGAGAACUGAAAACAGACGGGAGCUGUACAGAGUUCAUUAUUUGAAAAAAAAUGUUUAUGAUCAAUAUACAUCAAGUCUUUUAUUUUAAUUGUCUCUAUUUCUUUUUUAUUAUCACUGUAGUUUUCUGAGGUCCUAUUUUCAAAUGUUUUGUUUUGUUGAUAAGUAUCUUGGACAAUUUCUGUUUCCUGUUAAUAGGGUAAGAAUUUUUUUCUUUUUUUUUUUUUUUGACAAUUGAACAACAUAUCUUCUAUGAGUUGUAUUGCUUCUCAUGUUGAGAGUUGCAUUUAAAAGUUAUGUCAUUAAAUGGGCAAUAAAAACAAUUAACAGAAGUUAAAGCCAAAGAUGUUUACAUCAGUUUUAUCAGUUCCUGUUUAUAGGUGGAUGCCUUUGAUGCAAAAGUCAAUAUUUUCUAAGACAAUUGAUACCCUCAAAAAAUCCCGACAGUCCUCAGAAAAAUGUAUCUCCAUUGGAACAAAUAAAUAAGGCUUUUGAUACCUGUAUACAAUUUCAAAACUUA